AUGGAGGGAGUUUAUAAAAUCAAUACGGAUGCUGCUAUGUUUGAGGACUCUCAGAUAGGAUUGGGUGGCGUUGUGAGAGACUUCGAAGGCAAUGUCGUGGUGGCUAUGUGUAACAAGGUGGUUGGGUCCAAUGAUGUAGCUGUGGCGGAAGCGCUGAGUGCAAGACAAGGAGUUCAAGUUGCAUUGGAGGCUGGCUUUACGAAUUUAGUCCUUGAAGUUGAUAAUAUACGAGUGUUUCGGAGCUUGCAAGAUCGCCGUUUUGAUGCAGCACCUUUUGGGAUUAUUAUUCGUGAUAUUCUUCGUUUUGAACACCAAUGUAGCAAACUAGUUUUUUCGCAUGUUAAAAGGAUAGGUAAUUGUGUGGCUCAUGGUCUAGCUAAGUUGAGUCAGGCUUACAAUGGCUUACAUGUCUGGUUGGAGGAAGCACCUACUGAGGUGACUCGUUAUGUACUUGCUGAUAAGUUUGAUGAGUAA